AUGACCAAGUUAAGUACCACUCCAAUUAGACUAUUACUAGAUACUGGUUCUGAAAUUUCCUUUAUUUCAGAUUCACUAGUUUGUCUCUUAGCUCUAUCACGUUCACGCUCAAAUCUCAACAUACUGGGGAUUGGCUCCACCAAGGCUGGUCAUACAAAAGGGUGUGUGCAGAUCACACUCGUAUCUCAACACUCAGCGCAGAAAAUCACCAUCAUCGCACACAUGCUGAGUGGUUUAACUGCGCUACUACCGUCCAUUGCGCUCGAUAACAUCGAUCUCGCGCGCUACGAGUCUCUCAAGUUAGCAGAUCGAGACUUCGCCGUACCAGGACCAGUCGAUAUCAUCAUUGGUGCUGAUUACUAUGGACGAGUAGUACUCGACGACACUAUUCGAUGGGAAAAUGAUUUCCCUAUCGCUCAAAAUACUAUCUUUGGUUGGAUUGUACUCGGUCCAAUCACCACAACCACUCACCAGCCACCUCGAAUGCUACAAGUAACCUGCUCGGAUCAUCAUCAAGAGCUUCAGGAGCUCCUAACACGGUUUGGGAUUCAGGAAGAGGUACCAUCUGAUCAAACCAAUCUGCUUACUCCUGACGAGGAAGCAUGUGAAGCUCAUUUCCAGAGCACACACAGACGAGAUGCUGCUGGAAGAUACAUCGUCAGACUUCCAUUCAAGUUUUCACCAGCUCGGCUCGGAGACUCAUACUGUGCUGCAUAUCGGUGUCUUCGACACCUGGAGCGUCGUCUCAACAACGACCAACAACUCAAUAAGCUCUACCGAGAGUUCAUGGAUGAGUAUCUUCAACUUAACCACAUGGUACUCGCAAAUCAUGACUCGGCUCACCAAGGUUACCUCCUGCCUCAUCAUGGGGUCCUGAAGACCACCAAUAACAAGCAAAAAAUACGAGUAGUAUUUAACGGCUCCAAACCAACCAAUUCUGGGCUGUCCCUGAACGACUUAGCGCAUACAGGUCCCAGACUUCUGCUCAACAUCCUUGAUGUUCUGCUCCGACUUCGCUCACAUCGAUUCAUCUUCCUCACGGACAUUACCAAGAUGUACCGCCAAAUUCUGGUCCACCGUGAUGACCAGAUUUAUCAGAAAAUACUCUGGUUCGAUCACGUCGGCAAUAUUGUGCAAUUUCUGCUCACUACCGUUACCUACGGCACGACGUUUGCUCCAUACCUGGCCGUUCGAGCCCUGCUCCAGCUCGUCAAGGAUGAGGGACACAGAUUCCCGUUAGCCAUCGUGCCACUCACUCGGGGUCGUUACGUCGACGACAUCUCAGGAGGCGCUGACGACACCGAAACACUUCAACAGGUCGCCGAUCAAACGGAACAACUAUGUAAGGCGGGCGGAUUCCCACUUGCCAAGUGGGCAAGUAAUUUUCGCCAGCUCAAUCAACUCAGCCACGCGGAAGUGGUCGAUCAAUACCCACUCGAGGAUCCAGACACCAGCACCAAGGUCUUGGGAAUGCUCUGGUCCUCCAAACGAGAUCAAUUCUCGUUCCAUCACACUGCGCAAUCAACCUCGGCUUCAUCGUACACCAAACGUGCAGUACUCUCAGAGAUUGCUCAGAUUUUUGAUCCUCUUGGGUUCCUUGCUCCACUCACAAUUCAAGCAAAGAUGUUUAUGCAGGAACUCUGGCUUGUGAAACUCGGCUGGGACGAACUACUACCGGCUACAUUACGCCAUAAGUGGAAGACAUUCAAGCAAGAACUCAUUAGCAUCGACUCGAUAAAAAUCCCAAGAUGGAUCAGCUCAUCCACGUGCUCGGAUCUUGAGAUUCAUGGAUUCUCAGAUGCCUCUCAAUUGGCAAUGGCAGCUGCCGUUCUGAUCAAAGUUCACAAUCCUGCUCGAGGAGUUCGAGUAACGCUGCUCUGCUCCAAAACUAAGGUCUCGCCAUUAAAGAAGAUGACGAUUCCCCGAUUGGAACUAAGUGCUGCUCUCAUGUUGGCCAAACUCGUCCGUCACUGCCAGAUAACUCUAGAUUACGAGCGAGUUCCAACCUACCUCUGGACUGAUUCAUCAGUCGCUCUCACGUGGAUUCACUCUCACCCGUCGCGCUGGAAGGACUUCGUCAGGAAUAGAGUGUCACAAAUCCAAGAUCUUACUCCAGAUGGCCACUGGAGGUUCGUUCCUGGCACAGAAAAUCCAGCAGAUUGUGCGACACGUGGUUUAACCACUACUCAGCUCAAAGUUCAUCAGCUAUGGUGGACUGGCCCACCAUGGUUGCUCCAAAACCAGUCGUCCUGGCCCACCAGUCCUGCUCAUAUUGAUGUAGACUCACUACCUGAAGAACGACCCAUCAAGGCGUUCUACUCAUCGGCUCAACCGCUGGUAUCUCACUGGACUAUCAUGGAUCGCCCAAUUCCACUGCUACGGGUUUUGCGAGCCACCGUGAUAUGCUGGAGAUUCCGGGAUCUGCUCAACCACAAGUUCAACUCAACACUCAAUCAUGCGAUCACCUCUGACGAGGUCUCGCAAGCACUCAGCUUCUGCAUCAAGGAAACUCAACGAGUCUACUUCCACAGUGAAAUAAAGCUCCUCAACACUCAAGCAUCAUGGCCAAGGGAUCACCCAUUUGCUCGCCUAGUUGCCUUCCUGGACACCGAUGGCAUCAUCCGAGUUGGUGGGCGUCUGGCAAAUGCACCAGACAAUGAUCAACAUAAGCACCCUGCAGUAUUACCACGUGAUGCUCCACUCACUCGGCUCAUUAUCUCUGACUCCCACCAGCGUACACUGCACGGAGGAACUCAGCUCACACUCGCCUAUCUUCGGCAACGAUAUUAG